CCCUCUUUGGCUUGGUUUUCCACACGCAGGGUCACAGAGCAAGGUGCUCCAGCUUCUGAAGGGGAGAGAAUAUUCUGCAGGACCUCUGCGAUUCCCUACAUUUGCAACAUGUAGGUUGAGCUCUGUUUGCCUUGUAAGGAAUUCCGGUCAGCCUUGCCAAAUCCGUUAUCGUCCCCUGGAUUUCUGCAGAUAGUUCCGUGAACCAGAACGUUCCACGUGAAAAAUGGCCUGGAAUUCGAUCUUGCUGGCUGCCCUCUCUGUCCUCUCUGCUUGUCAGCAAAGUUAUUUUGCUUUGCAGGUAGGAAAGGCAAGAUCAAAAUACAAAGUUAUACCCCCGGCAGUCUCUGGGUCACUGGAAUUUGAGAGAAUAUUUCGUGCACAACAAAACUGUGUGGAGUUUUACCCAGUAUUCAUGAUUACAUUGUGGAUGGCUGGGUUGUAUUUCAACCAAGUUUUUGCGACUUGUUUGGGUCUGGUGUACAUAUAUGCUCGUUACCAGUAUUUCUGGGGAUAUUCAGAAGAUGCUAAAAAAAGGAUCACUGGUUUCCGGUUGAGUCUGGGGGUUUUGGCCUUGUUGACCAUCCUAGGCGCUGUGGGGAUUGCCAACAGCUUUCUGGAUGAAUACCUGGACUUCAACGUUGCCAAGAAACUGAGGCAUUUGUAACAUUUCCCUCUCCCUUUACUCAAAUGCUUGCAGAUGUUCCAUUCUGAAGGUUAGAUGGUGUCACUUGUUCAAUGAAAAGGAAUAAAAGGCUCCUUUCUGGGUUAUUUUUUUGAAAUGGCUUUGUACAAGCAUACCCUUUAGAGAUUACAUUUCCUGUUCAUUUAAGAACUUAAGUUUGCUCUGAGGGGAUGUAUCCAUAUCACCAGCGGAAGUGUGCUGAGCCCUGGUUUUGGAAGUGGAUGCUGAAGUCAUGACUGCUUACAGGGGAGAAAGCGGCCUGAACUGUCCACGUGCAGGGCUGCCUGUGGAUCGCCGCCAUCACUUGUUUCCGAGUCUGCUUCUCUCUUGUUCCAGACAGAUGCUGAUAAGGCAGCUGAAUCCACUUUAUUGGUUGCAGGAGAACAACAGAUGGCUGCCCGUGGGGGAAGUCAUGCGGUCACAUGGAGUAGCCAGAGAAGGGUCAUCAACUAAUAGCACAAAAGGAAUUUGUGAAAAUGCACUUUGUAAAGAAAAGGGGGAAAAGGCGUGUCAUUUUCAAGGAACCAUCCAGAGAGGAGUGCUCAGGGACUCUGGCCCCUGGGCAGUGGAAGGUGGGUGAUGGUCUUAGCCAGAGUGUCUAGGCUGGGUUCCCGUGCCACAUGGCACUGGGGGCCUGCAGCUGUUGGACCCUGAUGUGCAGUCACUGGUUGGCACAAUGCAAAUGGCCUUCCUUCACCUGUAAAAUGGGAAUGAGUGAGUCCACCUCACAGGCUUCAGGGACCUUAGGAAAAUGGAAUUAAUGAGUGUAUAUAAGGAGUUGUCUGUAAUUUUUCUGAAGUUCGACAGACUCUAAUCUGGUGUGGGCAUCUUCAGGAAGCUUUUUAUUGGAACUUCUGUGUGUGUGUGUGUGUGGGUGCAAAGACAGGUUACAGAGGCUAUGGAUAAUAGAAAAGAAAGGCAUUAACACACUAGCAUUUCCAGAAUAGUAAGGGAGCAGACAUGACAACCUCUGGCAUCCCAAACAACAGUGCUAAAUAUCCCAGAAUACUCUAUCUGUAUGGGAAUGGGGGGAUCUGGAUACCAGCCCAGUUCCCCAACUUACUAAAUAACGCCCUCUGGGUGGUGUACCUUAUGCAAAAGAAGUGGAGACUGCAGACCCAGACAGCGCUUGACUGGUCUACCCUUUGCUGGCUGUGCUACCGCAGUGUGGUGUAGCUCUCUGCCUCAGUUUUCUCUCAGCUAAAAAGGGGCUGAUAUUUUAAAAUGCUAUGAUUCUAUGGUCUUUUUACUUUUUGGUAUUCUGAUCAGUUACGGUGAUUCAUAUUGUAACGUUUUAAUUGUCUUAUACAUUGAAGACAGUAUCAAUAAAGAGAGAAUGCAAAUUUCA